UUACAUUGAUAACAAUUUACGGAAAGAGAUUUAAAAAAAUUUCAAAUUCCCUGCGGUUUUUAGUAGUAGUUUGCUUUCAAAUAUAACUUACAAAUAACUUCUGAACGUCCAAAACGAAAUUAUCUAGUUGACCUAUAAAUUAUUCAGCUGCAAUUCACAAAAUCACGUUGGUUUGUUUCUCAGUAACUUACAAGUAUGGCAGCCACUGAUCUAGAAAACCUCUUGUUACAAGGACAAAGCCUGUGUAAAGAUACUGUCAACUCAAAGCCAGUGUCUAAAAUACACAAGUCGUUGCGUCAACUGUGUCAAAAUGCUGAUCUCACUCUGAAGCGACCACUGGUAGGAAGCGAUGAGCAAUAUGCAAAAGAGUUUUUGGCUAACCGUGGUUUAGAUCUCGCAAGCUACUCUGGUGUGUUGAAAAAGUUAUGUACAUACAAAGACAAUGUCACUUCAUCAGGAGAUUUAAAACCUAUAAUGGAUUACUCUAGUAGUGUAGAAUCUCUUAUGGGAAGACAUAUUGAAGAUUAUAUAAAAAAAUUAGAAAUAAAAGAUAGCGACGAGACUAUAAACUCUUUGCACAAUAUAUCAUCGAGUUGGAGAAAAAUGAAGAAGGAUAUUGUGUACAAUGAGUUUGCACUAGACUCUUAUGAUGUACCAUUUUGCCUACAAAACUUACUUACCAAAAGAAAUGAGUUUCUUACGAUUAACCCUAAUCAUGUUGAAUCACCCAAAAUAUUUUCUUUUAUAGCCGACGUAAAAAGUUAUAUCAAGUCUAAAGAAGAUAAUAUGUCAAACAAAGAAUUAAUUGAGUAUUUUUUAGAUACAAUAUCAAGAGACAAUGACGAUGCUGCAGUUGCUCAUAUUUGGAACGUAGUUAAAUAUAUUAUGUCUAAUAUAACUCCUUUUGAAACCACUUCAGGGUCAUUUCAUGAACGUUUUUCUGAAGAUAACCAAGCAAAUCUAGUUAAAAAUGCAAAAAAUUAUUUAGAAGACAAGUACCAAGCUUUUCUUAUAAAAGAAACGAGACAUUUAAAUAUCAACAAUGACGAAAACUUUAUGGCUUCGGUUAUAAGUAGUUACGUGUUUAUGACUGUAGGACGAAGUCUGGGAAGUCAACAAAAUGAAUUUCACAUAGACGAACAAACAAUUUGGCCACUGAUUUAUUUUAGUUUGAGGUGUGGAAAAAUGGAUGUUGCUGAUUAUUUCAUUCAAAAGUCCGGUCUUAGUCUUAGUGACUUUUUAAAUGUUUUUAUUAAUUUGACAGAGGCUAAUUCCUCCGAUCAUGUUGGUUCCAAUGUCGGCAUUACAUUGAACAAAUUUUAUAAAACACUUCCCGCGUAUGACAACGCAUUUAGAAAGACUUUGUUUUCUCUGUUGGGUAUGGUAGAAGCCAAUAUGGAAAAAAAAGCCGUCGCUAAAACAAUUGAAGACAAACUAUGGAUGUUGUUAACUGAACAUUUAGCCAGUAAAUAUACCGAAGACUCAAAUGGAUUAGACUAUUGUUCAUUACAGCGUUACGUUUUGGACCAUGGCAAGCCUUAUAUGGACCAGCCCCAUGUGUAUUUUGAGCUUUUAUUUUUAAUUGGACAUUUUGAGAGCGCCAUAGACUUUCUGUACCGCAACGUCAAAUUUUCCAAUCAUGCUGUUCAUAUAGCCAUUGCUUUGGAAGAAAAAAAAUUACUCGCUACUCCAGAAAGUUUACAAGCUCCAUUUUUAUCAAACGAGAAUGUGGACAUAAAGUUUGUACGCCUGAACUAUGCAAGAUUGAUUUUAUUAUUUUGUUCCGAAUUGGAAACUAACAACCCCCAUUUUGCUUCAUUUUAUUAUUAUUUUUUAAGAAAUUUAAAAACUUUAAAAAAAGACAAUUUAUUUUACAAAUGUGUUGCUGAUUUAGCAACCUCGUAUGAUGGAAAUGUUUGUGAUUGGAUGUUUGGACGUUUAGGCCAAGAAAAAGACAACAGUAUAUUUCAUGAUGUUUUUGAAGUUGAUACUAUUAAAUCCAUCGUUGACAAAACACUAGAAUUAUCAUUGGAGAAAAAUAAACCUGAAGUCGCAUUUAAACUGUAUAUGCUGACAUCGGACAAGGCUGCGUACGGUGUUCUGAAUAAUAUUUUAAGUCAUGCUAUCUACAACUAUGAUAUUACUAGCCCGGUGAAAACUGGAGAAAAGCAAAAUAUAUUUAACAAGAACUUUGAAGAUCGUGUACACCUGUACGCAGAAGAGUUGAAUGAAAAAAAAAUCAGCACACUAGACACUAUAGGUCCAGUUGCUACCUUCCGCUUGUUACGUCAAAUGUUCUCGUUUUUCUAUCAUACCAAAAAAAUACCGUUCUUAUGCGUUAUGGAGAAAGCGAUAGAAACUGACCUAGUGCCAUUUAGUAGUGACGACACGAAACAGUGUUUACUUAACUGCACUAGACAAAGCGAACUUGUCCAGAGAAAUAUUAGUCAUUUUAUUAAGUCAAUAUUUGUUUUGCUUUGUCAAGAGUACACCAAAACUAAUAAACACCCGGAUGAGUUGUUGGAUGAUGACUCUUUAAUCGAGGAAGAAGUUAGCGAUAUUUAUGAAAUGAGUAUUGACGGUGGCUGGACAAAGAGGCGAAUACAGAGGACGAUAAGGAAUAUAUAUUUAUUCGCCGCUCAACUUCCAACACAUAUUGCUUUGGAUUCGGUCGAGUACAUUUCAUCAAAUGCUAUGAAAAUACAACUCGAUUGAAUUUGACCACCUAACAAUUACCUACAGCUUAAUGAUUUUGAAUGUAUUAUCGUAAGAAUAGUCUCUUGAGAUGUUAUUAUUUCAUUUAUUAUUAUACAUUUUGUAAUUUUAAUGCAUUUUUUAUAUUCUAUAUUGCUAAAAAUGGUACUUUAAGAAAAAAAAUAUUAUAAAAUUAAU